CCCAUUUUAGGCAUUUGUUGUGCAGACGAUGCGUGAUUUUAUAGUGUUCUGAACAAAUAACUGUGAAGAAUUAUCUUUGUUUUUACGAAAUUUUAAAUAGGUGGAGAAACUAAAAUUAAUUUUCAAGUUUUUAUAAUUUACGUGGUAGACAAACCCAUUAAAUUUCGUAUUGGAAAAGUACAAAAAACUGUAACGAAAGAAACAUGUUUCUUGAGCCAUGUGAUACAUCUAAGUAAGAUUCAAUGCGUUGUACACAAUGAUGAUGCAGAUCUCAUUUAAGUCAAGUUUCUAGUCUGCAGUAAAGAUGUUCAGUGGUCAAACAGCUUGGUUUUCGAAAAGUGUCAGUAGACGGAAAAAGAAACUCUGGAGUGACAAUGGAGGGGAAAUCUGUGGUGCUGAUAAAGCUCAGUUCAUUUUCAGCCAGGAUCCAACAGCACAAGACACUGAAAGUAUAUUUGACAGUGAAUCCUACCUUGAUGAGCACUUGGCUAUCUUCCAUCCAAACUUUGUCUGUGAAUGUAUAAAGAGAGGAGGAUUGAAGGUAGAUCUGCUAGGCCAGUACUUCUUUCCACCUAAAGAUGUCCAGGAAUUAGCUCGUUAUCAGAUGCAGUAUAAGUGGGACCAGGAUGGGCACACAUCGGAUGGAGACAGUUACAAAUCUGAGUCAGAUGAUGAGCAUCCAUUUCAACAGCCUACUCAGCCAGCAACAAAACGAAAGUCUACAUCUCCGAGCAAGUCACCUCACAAAAGGUUAAAUACAGCAAAUAUUGUUAAACAAAAAGACCCCAAACCAGGAACAUCACACCAGAAUCGUGAUGAGGCUGUUAAUGAAACUUCGAAAGAUAUUGAAAAGUUACCUAUACAAACAAGGGCGAGGCGAAAAAGUGAAAGAAUUGUUCAGAACAAGUCUCUGAAUGUGUCUAAUAACAGUCAAACUGUAAUGAAUUCUCCAUCAAAGAGGCAGAGUGUGCAGGUGUCACCUAACAAGGUACAUAAAUCUUCUAAACCGGCAACAGAUCAGAACAAAGGAACAAGACCAACUGAUCAGGAAGAACACUUACGGCUAGAGGACCUUGCCAAAGUUUCAGGAGACUUGGAAGAUUUCAUUGUGGGACAGAAUGGAUGUGAACUUGUCAUGUUGAACUAGCUUUAGGGUCAUGUGAAGAAAUGUCAAUGGCAAUUUGUAAUGACAAUGUUAGUAAAUAACUAUAUCUGACAUUGUAAUAAACUAAAUCAAUGUGA